UGCUAGUUAGUUCUUCCUGUCAGCAUUGGAGGGGAAACAAGGGGGACACGCCUGUGUUUGUCAAACAGAUGUUUGGGUGUCUAUGAGUGUUUCUGUCACUCACCCACCACUUUGUUCAUCUGAGCUGAAACAGAAGAGCAGCAAACCCUCAAUUCUUUCAGCCGCAGCAACCUCUACUAGCAGAAGCAGUGCCAACAUGCAGAACGCAGAAGCCGUGUCAGCAACAAUAAACACUAAUAGGAACUGUACAGUGGAGAUCACCAAUGUUAGCAGCAUUUACUGCCUUAUCAAUCCAAAAGUGUACAUGUCCAGUGGGUUCAGUUACCAUCCACCCCAACCCACCAUCCGCACCGCCAAGACCGAGGUUUGCUCAUUCACUAAGGAUGACAACACUGCCACCGGGGCUGUGGGCAUCUUGACCUAUGACCUCUUCCACAUGCAGAACCGCAUGUGCACUGAGCGCAUGGCCAUUCUGUUCUCUGUCCCCUUCGACUACCACCUCUACAAGAACGUGAUGGGCAUCGGGCUGUUUGAGAGCAGCCGUGGAUGUGACAAGGCCCUGUACAAGCACAUGUAUGAGGGGAAGGACUUCAGUCAGUUCACCCGUGCAGAUACAGGGGGAUCUGGAAUCAUCCACAGAGGGAAGAAAAUAGAUUUAAGGGCCACCAUGUCUACUGUGGGCAAGGCUAUUAUUAAGCUAGAGGUCUAUGACAAGAUGGGCUAAAUAAUAAACAAAUUGGGUCUGAAAGUACCAGUACACAAAUGAUUAAUAAAAAAUAAAAA